AUGCGGACCGCUGCGCUGCUCGUGGUGGUGUCCCUGUGCUGUUCGUACAGCCAUGGUGUGCGCAUCGACAAAUCGACGGGCGCUUACGAGGACGUGGUUGUUGCCAUCGACCCCUCCGUGAAGCCGGACGAGCGAAUCAUCGACAACAUCAAGGCCCUGUUCCGCUCUGCUUCGACGUUCCUACAUCGGGCGACGCGAGGUCGGGUCCACUUCGGCAGCGUGACCAUCGCCAUACCGGACACGUGGCCUGCCAGACCAGGAGCGAAGAACAUUACGGCCAACAUGUUCCCGGUGGCUGACGUGAGGGUGGCCGCGCAGAACCCGCAGUACCGUGACACUCCGUACACACUGCAGCCACGCGGGUGCGGUGAGCGGGGGGAGUACGUCCACCUGACGCCUCGAUUCCUGAGCGACAUGAACGACUCCAUUGCCGACGCUUACGGCAGUCCAGCCUACUUGCUGGUGCACGAGUGGGCUCACUUCCGGUACGGAGUGUUUGACGAGUACGGAGACCCUGAUAGCUUCCUGUACCCGAGCCUCUACUGCGAGUUCGGCAUGAUUCGAGCGACUUCAUGCUCCGAACACCACAAGUUCACGGCCUACACCGACUCGGGGCAACCAUGCCGCAUCUACAAGGGCUGCCGAGUCUCUUCCAAGUGCAAAACGCGCUUCGAGCAGCGCCGCGAGAAUCCACUGACGUCAUCAAUCAUGUUCAUGCCGUACGUCAAAGGCGUGACGGACUUUUGCGACGGCGCUAGCAAGACUCACAAUGCCUUCGCGCCCACCAAGCACAACCACAUGUGCAACCGCAAGUCUACCUGGGAGGUUAUCAGCGCCAACGAAGACUUCCAGGGCUUGACUGCGGGUGACCCCGGAAAGGUCGUGGAGGUGAAGUUCACGGAAGUGCAGAAACGAGAAGGCAUCCUGGGCAGUGUCAUCUUUGCUUUGGACGUAUCAGGAAGUUGA